CCUCCCUGAGAUAAGGAGCAAGAGCAACAACUGCGCUCAAUUGUGCUUGAGUGCCGCAUAACAGGUGUGUGAAAUGGUUCGCACUAAGGGUAACGUGGUGUUGAGCGCAGUGCGAGAUCAGAUCGAUUGCCUGAAGCGUUCUUCUCGUCAAAAUGCCUGGGGUAUUCAGGCGAGUUUGCAAGAGCCCGUGACGGGGGGCUUCGCCCAGAGCGAGGACAUCGUGGUGAGCGUGUUCAUCCCGUACUGCGAGUCCGGGGCGGAGUGGGAGGUGGUCAUCGACGGGGACGCGCCGGAGAGGAGCCCCGACCUGGUGCCGUUCCCGUCUACCGAAGGCGACGUCAACAGGGGGUUUACGCAGGGCAUGCACGAGGCGUACAACACGUACCGCUUGGCCUCCCUGGACAGCCUUAAGAAGUGGGACCUUUUCAGACGUCCCAGCUCUCUUGCCGCCCUCGCUUUGGACAUCAAGCAACUCCGACGAAAACACGAAAUACAAAAGCUGGAGAAUUCGCCGCUCGCGAGCGCCAUGAGCUUCCACUUGGACUACUUGCGAGACCGGCAGGAAGACGUAGAGUUGCUCGUUUCGAGGGCAGGGGUGCGCCUGGCGUUCCCUCUCUGGCCUGAUCCGACGACGGCCGCCGCUACGGCAUCGACAGCAGCACAAGCAGGGGCAGAGGCAGUAGAGGGAGAGGGCGGGGGUGUAGAUGUUGAGGGCGAAGGGCCGAUGUUCGUCUACGGCCGAGCGGGGGUCAGGCUGCGGAUGGAGUGGACGCAAGUUGAUGGCAAAAGACCACCAGACGUCCGAGUCUUGUUUCCGCAGGAGGCCCAAGGCCUCACGAUGGGGUUCCGCCAACCGCCGUGGACCUCGGAGACGAAGCUCGGCGACUACCUGUCCGAGGCCCAGGCGGCGGUGGUGAAGCCGUGGUCGGAGCGGAAGAACCUGGUGGCGAUGCUCGCCAAGCGGUACAACGUGCUCGAGUACGACGCGCGGGACUUCACGAUGCUCCACCUCUUCAUGAAGGUGAAGGUGGAUAACUUGAUAUUCCUCCGGAUCCUCCGGGUGGACAUCGGCCCCGACUUCCCCAAUUGCCCGCCGCAGCUGACCCUGUGCGACUCCCUCUCGGAAAAGUCUUGGUCCCUGGACAGAAGGGACUACCGCUACAGCCCUCGGUGGGACACGGCCAGGAUGGCGACCGCGCUGUACACCCACGCGGUGGACUCUCUCUCGAAGCUGCGCGAUUGAUCCCAUCCAUAUAAUCGUUACAACAAUGUACCAUCUAAGAUUGAUUGCCGAAGACGCUCCGCCUAUUGCACUGCAUGGAGACGCAACGCCAAAUAGGGGGGAUCUUUUGAAAUUGGCGGUGCUUCCACCUAGGGUCGGACCUAGGCUUAGAAAGGCGCAGGCCGGAGUGAAAAUGUACCACCACGUUCUUGCAUGGUGUUUACCGUGCAGUGUAAAUAUUUCAUGGCAAGAGUGUGCUGCUUCGUUUUGUUGGUAGUUGUCCUCGUUUGGCGUUCAAAAUGUUUGUCAGAGUCUUGUUGCCGUGGUUCUGUGUUUUUUCGUCGUGUUGGCAACCACCCGGCCUCCGAGCUCGCGAGGCUUGUUUGUGUCUCGAUUGACUUCGGUGAACGUGAUUGGAUACUGGCCAUAUGCAUAUGUCGUCGAUACUUUUUGGUGCUCCAACGGGCAGAGGAGGGUUUGAGAUUGGGAGCCUGUGGCACGACACUCGCUCUCGUUUCCGUCUUGCAAGGCGGAAGGUUUUCUAUGCCGGAGGAAAGAGACAGAGAGAUGGUGCGCUACCAAAAAGCAGGCAGGCCCAUUCCUCUCUGGCACGGCUGCUUCGUUAUGUGUUCUCCGUGAAGUGCGAACGAGCUGAGGAAAUGUUGUCGGCCCUGCAACUACCCGUGAAUACCGUCGUUCGCGAGUAAUCUACCUUCUGCGCCACAUUAGUCUAGAAGCACGACGCGGGCGCUGUGUU